GCGUUGUAACGAUUACAACGAAAUCGAGUCAAUUCGUAUUGAACCUGGAGCUAAAGAAAGUCGAGAUUUGAUUCAUAACAUUUUUACAAGUUGAUUGCGUCGAACUUGUUGAAGAACUUCAGUAGUAAUAAGAGAAAAAUGAAUAAUCCAAUCUCUCAGAGGAGGAGAUAUUCAAAAGAACAUGAACAUGCUGAGAAUUUAAUGUCUUCCCCACAAUGGCCAUCAAAUCAAACUGGUGCAACAUAUUCUGAACCUAGUGCAACAACUGGAAAUGUGAAAAUGUACAACAUUCAACAAACACAACCACAUAAUUUACCAGGAACCAUAUCACAAUGGGAUCAGCCAUCUCAGGGAAAUAAUACUUUAUUACAGUCUGUACCAGCUCAAACUCCAAUAUCACAUCAAUCAGACUCCUGGCAGUGUAUGACAACUCAGUCUUCUAGUGCUGAUCCUUGGAAUUGGGAUGUAGAAGGAAGCCAAGGAAAUCCAGCUAGUUUUAUUCCAUCAGUUCAGAAUUGGCAACAGCGUAAUAUAUUUCAUCAUCAGCCACAACAAGUUACUAGUCAAGCACAAUUGCAGACAACAACCACAACAAAUUCUUGGACAGAAAUGAAUCAGUCAUUAGAAAAUGUAAAUCAACAACAUGAGUGGAAUUAUCCACAGCAUUAUUUUACAGAAAAUACAAGCAAUAAUAACUCAUACAACUGGCAAGUUGAACAACCUUACAAUACAAAUGAAUAUCAAUGGUAUGGUCAUCAAAAACCAUUUGUUCAUAAUCAAAGUGAAAAGUUAGAAAAUAGUAAUCAGUUUGCAGAAAAUACUAGUUGGAAUUGGGAAAAACACUGGACUGAUGUACCAAAUUUAGAAAGUUCUCAGCAAGCUGCCAAUCAGUCUUCUCAAGUGAUUCCACAAAGUCAAUCAGAUUCAGGAAAUGCUUCUAUCACAAAUUCUAUAAGUAGUGAAUUUAGAAGUGAAGUACAAAAUUUUGAUAGUUCUGUAAAUAUUAGUUCUGAAGUUUCUGAAAAUAACAAUGUAAAAAAUUUAGAUUCAUCUGACUGUAAUAAAGGUCUUUCAGUAUUUUUCAACAAUGAUAAUACAAAUGUAGAUUACUUAGUGCCAACAACAGAAACUCCAAUUACUAGUGAAAAUAAAGACAAAGACAAUUCAUCACAAGAAACAAAUCAAAAUAAUGCAAGUGGUGAUAAAUUGCAAGAAACUAUUUUAAAAGAAGAUAAUGAAGGAAAUUCUCAAUUAAUAAAUGACAAUGGAACAAGUAUAAAAGAAUUUGAUUCAUCCUCAAGAGAUGAUGUGAAUAUUGAUGAAAUGAAUAACAUCAGUGAGGGAAUAGAAAGUCUUACAUUAAAUUCUUCUAUAAAAGAGACGGAAGCUUUUCCAAUAGAAGAACCCGUUAAUCAAGAAGUUCCAGAACCAUCUGCUGAUAUAUCACAAAUAGAAUCAAAUUCAUCUCAACGACAAAGAGGAGUUGGAGAUGAAAAUAAAACUGAUAGCACCAAAACAUAUCGGAAUGCAGAUGAACCAAUCAAUCAACAAAUACCGGAUAUAGUUCCUGUCUUUCCAUCACAAAGUAAUAGUGAUAUUUGUAGAAAUAAUUCAGCUGAUGUAAUACAACAAGAAAGAGGUACUGUUAUUAAACCCCGUGAAGGAAGUCCAUUUAAACCUCCAAGUAAAUUAUUUUUAUCAGGUAAUAUCAUACAACAAGAAAUUGAACAAAAUACAUUACAAGAUUCUGUUCCAAUUAGCACUGCUCAAGAAGUUAAUUUAGAAACUGUACCAGAAAAUUUAGAGCAUCCUCCAGAUGGGGAAAUACUUUCUCAUCAGUCAUCUUGGCAUGCUUCUCUUCAUCGUCAUCACAAUCAUCAGCGAUGCAGUAAUUCACCUAGUACAACUUUAUGGGACAAUCCAGAUCUGCCUAGUGUUACAUUUGUUCCUGCAGCACCAUUACUUUCAGAGACUAUAGCUGAAAAAGAAACUAAUGUUAAACAGAAUGUAGAAACAGACUCUUUGGAAUGUAAUGUUAAUAAUGUUUCAAGGCAAAGUCCUUUGGGAUGGGAAGGAUAUCAAACUGAUGUGAAAAAACAGGCAUCAGUUCCUAUUUCAGCAGCAGAACAAGUUGUUUCAGAUGUGAAAACUAAUGAUCAGUUAUCUACACUUGGUCCUCCUCCACCACCUGUAUCAACAAUGGAAUUAUUACAUAGAACAUCUCCCCAAGGUGCUGGACAUAUUCAACAGCAAGUUAAAACACCUGCAGAAAAAUCUGCUUCAGAAGUACCUUAUUCACAUCAUGAUGAUAGAAUUAAUUCUCAGUUAGCUGGAGAUGGAGGAAAAUCAAGAUAUGAUGACUUAUCAUCAGAAAGAAUUCCAAGGCAAGAUACUGAACGGUUUUCUUCACAGAGAGUAGUUUCAGGUCAUGGAUCAGUGAGUGACAGAGAAAUAUUACGAGAUAGAAAAGAAGAAUUAUCACAAAGAAGAGAUUCUCUUUCCAAUCAGUCAACAGCAAAUGAAGAACAAAUUGGAAGAUGGGAUCGGAGUUAUGGAAAUAGAAGACCUGAAGAAGACAGACGACGAGGUCAUUAUCCUACAGAGAUGGAUCGUUCAAAUAGAAAUGAAAUGUGGGAUAGACGUUCUGAUUCUAGACAUUAUGCUGAUGAUAAAAGAUAUAAUAGUUUAGAUGAAAGAGACUAUUAUUCAGAACGUGAUCGUUCAAGACCUUCCAGUAGAACAUCGUUAAAUGAAUCUAUUGAUGGACAAGAAAGAUAUUACAGAGAUCGUGAUUAUAGAAGAAUAUAUUAUCAGGAUAGAAUAAGGACUCCAACUAGUGAAUCAGAGAGAGGCAAUUGGUCAAGUGAUAGAAAAUAUUAUAGAAAUAGUGGAUAUGAUCGUGAUCCAGUGUAUAAUGACAGAUAUAGUUCUUAUAGAAGGAAUGAUGAUCCUUAUCGAUCUGGAGUGUACAGAGGCUAUAAUUAUGAUAUGUACAGACAAGAUCCUCAUGCCUAUUAUCGUUAUUAUGAUCUAUAUAGAUACGGAUAUAAUAAUUAUAAUUUUGGAUAUUAUGAUGAAUUGUACAGAAAUGAUCCAAGAUAUCAAGCACAAUUAGAUGAACGUUAUCAAGAAUAUUAUGCUCAGAUGUCAAGAGAGACAGAUUAUGAACGUCUUAGUGUCCAUUCUGGUAGAAGUUCAGUAAAUGAUGAAUUGCAAAAAGAUAGACAAAACAGAUAUGCUGGUGACUUAGAUCAGAGUUCUGUAGGUGGAUCAGAUUAUUCAAAUUAUCAUCAGUAUGAUAGUAAUUAUGGAGUUGAUUAUACAAAUUCCACAACACUAACUGAUCGAGUUACAGAACAAUCAUCAACAUCAAGAUUAACACCAACAAAAUUUUCCUGUCCACAUCCAGUAUCAUGUUUUAGUCCAGGAGGUUUAUUUAUUACAGUUUUUCCAAAUUUAUCUGAAACAGUUAGAUCAUCUAAUGUACAAAUACAUAGCAUGCAGGUAAUUAGUCAUAAUUACAAAUAA